AUGGGCUAUAUGGGGACAUCAAGACGCCCAGAGAGCCACCACCGCCACCUCGGCAAGAGCAGCAACGGCCCCGCUACCAACAACCAGAAGAUGAUGAGGGAAACGACUCGUUUGACGAGGAAGCCUCACGGCACCCCGAUCCGCAACCGGAGCCGCAACGGCCCCGCUACAGCCGGCCCCGGCAGAGUUUCAGACCAGAGCGACCGGAACGGCGACGUCAAGCGCCUAGCCAAGACCAGCAGCAAAGCGAGCAGCCGGAGCAACAAAAUACCAAUGGCAACUAUCGGCGUGUGCACGUCAAUAUUGAUAUUGGUGGUGAUGGAGGACGCUCGUGGUCGUGGGGCACCGAUGGGCGUAGAGGACCCAAUGUUAAUUUCGGGACCCCGUUUACGGAUACAGGUUUCCCGUUUGGCGGUCGGAACAACGGCGGCAGACUGCCUGUAA